AGUUGGUAACCAUGUCAGUAAUAUAUUGCUUUGCAUCUUAUAAUCAUUGAUCGUUUCUUUUCAAGAAAUUUAACAUAUUUUUUUAAUAAUAUCAUUUUUAAAUCUUUAUGCAAAAAAUUAUUCUAAUAUUAAUAUAAAAUAUAAAAUUUUCUUACAUUUUUUUUUUAAGUGACAAUAAACAUGACAACAGCACUGUAUCUAGAACAUUAUUUAGAUAGUUUGGAACAUCUACCUAUUGAAUUACAAAGAAAUUUCACUUUAAUGCGAGAUCUUGAUGCUAGAGCACAAGGAUUAAUGAAAGAUAUAGAUAAAUUAGCAGAUGAUUAUUUAAAAAAUGUAAAGAAAGAAUCCCCAGAAAAGAAAAAGGAACAAUUGACUCAUAUUCAAAACUUGUUUAAUAAGGCAAAGGAAUAUGGUGAUGAUAAAGUACAAUUAGCAAUACAAACAUAUGAAUUAGUUGAUAAACAUAUUAGGAGAUUAGAUUCUGAUUUGGCUAGAUUUGAAGCUGAAAUACAAGAUAAAGCUUUAAAUAGUAGUAGGGCACAAGAAGAAAAUAAUGCUAGUAAAAAGGGUAGGAAGAAAUUAAAAGAAAAAGAAAAACGAAAGAAAGGAGCUGCAGGUACUAACAGUGAAGAUGAAUCAAAAACAGCUAGAAAAAAACAAAAAAAAGGUAAAAUUAAUUAUUAUUAUUAUGUUUUUUAUUCAUCUAUGUUUUUAAAAGAAAUUAUUUAUAUUAAAUAUAUAUUUUUAGGAGGAUCUGUUGCUUCUGCUUCAUCAGCUGGAGCUGUAGGAAGUGGUGCUCAAGUAGAUUCUACUGCACUUGGUCAUCCAGCAGAUGUUUUAGAUAUGCCAGUUGAUCCUAAUGAACCAACUUAUUGCCUAUGUCAUCAAGUUUCUUAUGGGGAAAUGAUAGGUUGUGAUAAUCCAGAUUGUCCUAUAGAGUGGUUCCAUUUUGCAUGUGUUGGAUUAACUACAAAACCUAAAGGAAAAUGGUAUUGUCCAAAAUGUACACAAGAUAGAAAAAAGAAGUAAGUUUUAUGAAAUAAAAUAAUAUUGAUUUAUUUUAAAAUAAAAAAAAAAUUCAUGGAUUAUUUCUAAAAUUAUAAUACAAUAUUUUUCAUGGUUUAACAUGAAAAUGAAUUGAUUUGUAUAAAGAUAAACAAAUAGAAAAUUUGUAAAAAAAAAAAAAAAGAAAAGUAUAUAUAGAGUCAGUCACAAAAAUAUUCAGUAAAAAAUUUAAUAUUUUAAUAUUUUGAAAAAUCUAAUUUUAAUGAAAAUUUUUAUGUAUAUAGAGCAUAAGAGAUUAUAUGUAAAGUAAUUUAUUUUUCAGAAAAUUUUCUUAAAUGUAUGAAAACAAUCUUCAAAUUUUUAUUAUUUUUAUUUGUUUUAUAUACACAAUUUCAAUUGAAAGUCUUUAAUAGAGCAAAACAUAAAUAUUUUAUAGUUUAAUAUUUUGUAAUUUCAUAAAGUUAUAUUUAAAAAGCGAAUAAUAUUGAAAGUUUAAGGAUUGAUUUUGUUUUCUCAAAAUAAUAUUCUAUUAAUAAAAAAAUUGCCAUAUAUAAUAUAUAAUCUAUUAUCUAUGUAUAUAUACAAUAUUUCAUAUGAAACAUUAUUAUUAUUAUUGAUUUUGAUGAUAUAAUUUAUUAGUAAGUUAAAUUUCACAAUAUGUAUGAAUACCAUUGCGACUGAUUGUAUAUUAUUCAUAUAAUUAAUAUAUAUAUGUAUAUAAAAAAAGUACAUUAAAAAAUUGGAUUUACAUUACAGCUAAUAUUGCUAGGAAAAAUUAUUCUUAAAAUAUCUACUUCUUUUUGAAAAAAAAAAAAUUAAGUAUUUUAUUUUAAAAAUAAUUUACAUUUCUUAUUAUAGUUUUUAUUAAAAAUAAUUAAAUAUUACAUUUAAUAUUUAUGUCAGCAAUAUAAGAUGUAAUGAAAAUGCAGUAAAUUAAUAGCUUAUCACAGAAAAGAAAAUCGACCAUGACUAUUAUUGUCUUUCUAUUAUUUCUUUUAGAUAAAAGUAGUAAUUUAUUAUAAAUUGGUCAUUUUUGAAUAUCUGUGAUUUGCUCAAUUGAAAUAUAAUAUCUUAUUCUACAUAAUUAUUGUAUUAAAAUAGAAAAAAUAUUGCUGUUUUUAUAUUUUAUAAAUGUAAAUGAUAUAUAUAGAGUAAAUUUUUUUCUAUGUAUAUAUAUCAUAUAUACACAUGUAUGUAUGUAUACUAUACAUAUAUAAUGAGAAAAAUAUAUUUAAUUUACAAAAA